AUGGCAUGCCCGGAUAGCGGCUCAGAUGAUAACAUCAUAUCUCUAGAGCUGGUGGAUAAGCUGGGACUUGAGAUAGAACAGGUCGGCUCUGAUGAACCAAGGCAAUUUUCAAUCGCCAAUGGAAAUAUCAUCACAGCACUCGGGCAAGUCUCUACGAGUUGUAUUUUUGUCAAUGGCUCUCUUUCAGAACCCUCAACGCUGAAGUGCACAUUCCAUGUUUUCCGCACUCUUGCUGUCGAGUUGAUUAUGGGCGUUGAAUUUUUACAAGAGACAGAGACAUUAGACAAGCAUAAAGACCGGCUUGUCGAGGAAUUCGUACCAGCUAUGCAGUCGCUGAGGGUGAACAGUGUAGGAGAGUCUAAGCGAGGUUUAAUGUGUCAGCUUGGCAGAUUCGUUGGCUGUGCUACUGUGGAUACUGGAUCGGAUCUAGAUCUUGUCAGUCCCGCAUUCGCAAAGUCAAGAGCUUACAAGAUUGAGCCAGGAGUUGAGAAGGUUGAAUUUGCUGACCGUAGUGUGGGUUACACUGCUGGCGUUAUCAAUACUUCGUUUGUCGUGGGACGCAUGAGUGCAUCAGAGUUUCAUCCUUGUGGAGAAGCAAUUGAUAUUGACCUCUUCGUGCUAGACAACCUUACUGCAGACAUAAUUAUUGGGCAAGAUACUAUCGAAGAGCUGGAGGUUUUUAAUUUGCACAACGAUUCACUUAUUCCUAGCAUCCCUCGGCUGAGAGAGUCGGACAUCAAUAUUAUCCGUCAUAUCGGAAGCAUAGAAAAAGGCGCCACGACGAUAUGGAAGAAGAUUAAGGACAGUUUUACCAAUAGCACAUCAGAUAAUCAAGCUGUUGUUGCAUCACAAAAUGACAUUGAUCAAAGAGAAAAUGCUCGGCGGGAGCAAGCGCGAGCUACGAUUGCGAAUUCUUCUGUGUCUGAUAGAGAACGAGCACAAGAGCUUGAAAAUGCGACCACCCAAGCAUUUCAUGAAAACAUGCGUUUAUCUCAAUCAGUGACCAAUCGUCUCAGUCGCCAUUAUUCGGCUUCGCCGCCUGCUGCCAUCGCCGCGGUUGCCGACUGCGUGAGCAUCAAUGGUAUAGCACGGCCGCAGGAUGGUGGCUAUAAAUGCACCUUUGAUGGGUGCACGGCUGCACCUUUUCCAACGCAAUAUCAUCUCAACUUACAUGCCAAUUUGCAUUCCUAUGCGAGACCCCAUUUUUGCCCAGUACAGGGGUGCCCAAGAGGCAAAGGAGGAAAGGGAUUCAAAAGAAAGAAUGAGCUGAUUCGUCAUGGUUUGGCACAUGAUUCUCCAGGCUAUGCCUGUCCAUUCUGCCCAGGUAGCGAGCUUAAAUAUCCACGACCAGACAACUUACAGCGACAUGUUCGCGUACACCACGUCGACAAGAACAAAGAUGAUCCGCUCCUCCGUGACGUACUAGCGCAACGUCCCGAAGGCCCAGUCCACGGCAGAAGGAGAAGAGGCCCAUAACCAUAAGUUUAUGUGCUUUUUUUCUGGAUGCUUUUGAGAUUCAAUGUUGUUGGGUAGUCAAAUGGCGAGGGGGAGUAGAAAAGGCUCAUCACAGUAUCACUGUUACGACCCUUGUGAUCACUUGAUGUACUUAGAAUUUGAAGGCAGCUGCUUAGAAGAGAAGCAACCGCGCCUAGACGCAAUCAAUCGGAGCAGUACGGUGCGAUAUUUCUCUUUA